GGUACUCGCAAAUAUUUUGCUUUUUGUUGGUGUUUGCGAAAGUGAUGGUACGCACGAAGAAGCCAAUUUUAAUUGACGGACGUGGACACUUGCUUGGUCGACUGGCCUCGGUCGUCGCUAAGCAGAUCCUGUCUGGUAACUCAGUGGUCGUGGUGCGCUGCGAGGGCCUUCAGCUGUCGGGCCAUUUCUUCCGCAACAAGAUCAAGUUCUUGGCCUACCUGCGGAAAAGAUGUAACGUCAACCCGGCACGCGGUCCAUUCCAUUUCCGCGCUCCGAGCCGUAUGUUGUGGAAGGCCAUCCGUGGAAUGGUCCCCCACAAGACCAAGCGCGGUGCGAAUGCGCUACGCCGCUUGAAGGUGUAUGAGGGCAUUCCUCCGCCAUAUGAUAAGAUGAAGCGAGUGUGCGUUCCGAUCGCCCUGCGUCAGCUGUGCUUGCGCCCAGACCGAAAGUACUGUACGGUCGAUCGCGUUGCUCAUGAAGUCGGCUGGAAGUACCGAGACGUCGUGAACAACCUGGAAGCCAAGCGCAAGAUCAAGGCUCGCAUUGCUUACAUGCACAAGAAGAAGCUGAAAAAAAUCACAAAAUUAGUUUAUUCUCCGAGUAACUGGCGCGAAAAGAGGCCGGGAGUCCGUCCUCCGGCCCUUUUAUCCUCUCACCCUCCCGCCAUCGCGAUUCAAUCGCGAUGGAGUUUUUUUCCUGUCGAGCAGUGGAACUCUAUAACAGUUUCCGAGCGUAAAAUAUUUGUCAGGCUUUCUAUUUGUAAACAAACGCUGUUCACAACACAAGGUUUCCGUAAUCCUAUGACCAUAAAAACCAUCUACUGUGCCUACGUUCGAUCUGUGUUAGAAUAUGGCAGUAUUGUUAGUGACCCCUGUACCGAACAAUGGAGUAAUCAAAUCGAGGCCAUCCAAAGAAAAGCGACUAGAUAUGCUGUAAGACUCUUACCAUGGCGACAGGGCGAUGUGUUACCGUCAUACCAUUCCCGGUGUCUGCUUUUAGGGAUUCAGUCGUUGAAAAAGCGCCGUGAGAUAGCUAAAUGCCUUUUUAUAUCAGGACUACUUAACCACCACAUUGAUGCUCCUACUCUAUUAGCUACGAUAGAAUUUAACGCGCCAUCUAGGAAUCUACGUAAUCCGUAAAUCCGUCCCUCGUUA